AUACGGCUAUACCGACCAGUCAUAUCGUUAAGGUAUAUGAGAUAAUGAGGCAUGAUGAGAGUCAAACAGCUUUCCGUGAAGAGAAGAUCCUGAUCCUCUUUCUCUUUCGUGUUCUUCUUCUGUUACCUUAACCCUCUUAAACUGAUUCAGGGAAUUCAAACUUGUCUCCUGUUGUUGCCUUUCGGGUGGAUGAUGUUCUAAGUCUCAGAUAUUCUUUCUCUGUGCUUUAAAUAUAGCUUCAUGGAUGAUAGUCUUGGGAAGAUAAAGGUUGUCCCGGAUCACUUUCAAGUUCCAACUCCUAGUGUGGAGUCUCCUCAAAGCAGUACUUCAUCUGUUUCACACCCAAGAACUGACAAUUCUUUGAGGUCAAGUAGCUUUUUGUGGACUCGGAAAAAGUUGAAAAGUGCAGCAUUCAUGCUGAAUUUGUUUAGCAUACGUGGGCUGCCCUGGGUUUCCAGCUCUGAUGGUCAGGAAAAGGUUGAGUUGAGUGCUCCAGAAUUAGAAUCACUUCGAACAGAACUUGCUGAUUUAGAAGAGAGGGAGGCUCACUUGAAAGCUCAGCUGGAAAAUGUUGAUGAAAUUUUACGGUCUGCGCGUCUGGCUGGUUAUCUGUAUAUCAGAACUAGGUGGAAGCCUCUACCCGGAGAACCUCCCCCCCUUGAUGAUACUGAUGUUGAUGACUGGCUUCCUCGAUUUGUAGUCCUUCAUGGAUUAUGUAUUUUCUUCUUUAUGAAGUCCACAGAUUUAAGCCCUCUGGACUCCACCCUGUUAUCUGAUAUUGUUGAAGUAGGUUCUCUGCCAAGCUUUAUGCGAGAAGAUGAAGAAACACGACAUUCCUUUUAUGUCUUAACUCGACAUGGGCUGCGAUACGAGUGUUCAAGUAUUUCCAAGAUACAGGUGGAUGCUUGGUUGUUGGCUUUACAAAGUGAUUGUAAGUUGGGUUCUGAUCCAAAAGACUCCCAAUGGAAAAACAACAUUCUAAUUCAAUAAGAAUCAAUGGUUAUUAUCA